CAUUUUGAGUGUUAAACUUUGAGAUUUCACCAAUAUGCGUCUUCUUGCUAUCCUCAACACCUGCGUUUGGGCGGCUACAGCGGCCACUUUGGGGAAGCGCGCACCCACCCCUGGUAGUCUUUCGCAAGUCACCUCAUUCGGCACCACAGCUACAAACGCCAGCUUCUACAUAUACGUCCCGGAGAAGCUUGCAGCAUCGCCGGGCAUCGUGGUUGGGAUCCAUUACUGUGGAGGCACUGCACAGGACUAUUAUACGAACACUCCAUACGCGACCCUCGCAGAGGAGUACGGCUUUGUUGUGAUCUACCCAAGCUCGCCGCAUGCGGGUACCUGCUGGGACGUCAGCAGCAAGGCAACACUGAGCCACAAUGGAGGUGGCGACAGCAACACCAUCGCAGACAUGGUGAGGUGGACCUCGACGCAGUACCAGGCCGAUGCUUCGAAGGUAUUCGUGACUGGAAGUAGCAGCGGUGCGAUGAUGACCAACGUGCUUGCCGCCGCCUACCCCGACAUGUUCAACGCAGCCAUCGCCUACUCUGGCGUGCCCGCUGGCUGCUUCGUCUCCGCCUUCGGCGGCGUACAAGCCUGGAACAGCACCUGCUCGCAAGGCCAAUCCAUCAACACGCCCCAACAAUGGGCCAACGUAGUCAUAGACAUGUACCCCGGCUACAACGGCACACGGCCCAGAAUGCAAAUCUACCACGGCAGCAUCGACACCGCCGUGCUCCCUCAAAAUUACAACGAGACGAUGAAGCAGUGGGCGGGCGUCUUCGGAUACAACUACGACGAGCCGCAGAGCACGCAGGUGGACGACCCACAGAGCGGAUACACCAGGACGAUCUACGGGCCGUCGGUGCAGGGUAUAUAUGCCUUGGACGUUGGCCACACCGUCCCUGUUCGCGGUGCGGAUGACAUGAAGUUCUUUGGGUUCGCGGCUUGAAUGUAGAGGCGGUGUAAGGAUGAAAAACAUAUAUGAUGCGUCAAGUGUAUUGCACAUAUGCACGUCCACCGUGAGGGUGCUUUCUCGUAAGAAUGUGUAAUUUGAACGGAGGUGCCUGGUCGUAGUCCUGCGGCCCAUUGGCUGCGGUACAGAAGGGUUGGACUUUACAUGAAUACCAAGUGGCUGGUCGGACAUGCUUGGGUGCAGCACUAGUCGUGCCUUACAAUUUUCAACUUCACCCUCAUGACUCGCGGCGACGCUCGCCAUGUGUGCACUCCUGUGAUUGUAACAUGUCGAUACUGCUGAGAUGCGUCUUGGGUACGCACCGUUCUGAAAACAGGAGUCUACCUUUAAAGAAGAUUGCUAGUAUCACGGAG